AUGGAGAGAGUUAACAAGUUGUGUGUAGCAUUUUUUGUCAUCAGCAUGAUGAUGGCAAUGGCCGCGGCGCAGAGCGCUACCAACGUUAGGGCAACCUAUCAUUUGUACAAUCCGCAGAACAUAAACUGGGAUUUGAGAACUGCUAGCGCUUACUGCGCUACUUGGGAUGCUGACAAGCCUCUAGCGUGGCGCCAGAGGUAUGGCUGGACCGCUUUUUGUGGUCCAGCUGGACCUAGGGGCCAAGCUUCAUGCGGUAGAUGCUUGAGGGUGACAAACACAGGAACAGGAACACAAGAAACAGUGAGAAUAGUAGAUCAAUGCAGCAAUGGAGGGCUUGAUUUGGAUGUAAACGUGUUUAACCGAUUGGACACUAAUGGAUUGGGCUACCAGAGGGGCAACCUUAAUGUUAACUAUGAAUUUGUCAACUGCUAA